AUGGAUUUCAUCAGCGUUGAAAUGCUCAGUUGUAGGCAAGACGACGCAGUGAAGAAGCUCUUUAAUAAGAUUGUGGCCAAGCAGAAAGUUCCAUCAGACUGGAGAAGAUCGCUCAUCGCGAAAAUCCCUAAGAGGGGGAAUCUGACCAUGUGUCACAACUACCGUGGUAUAUCUCUCCUAUCAGUGUCAUCGAAGAUCUUCUGUAGAAUUCUGAUUGACGGAAUGAAGAAGGGUAUAGAUGAGAGGCUGCGCCAGGAACAGGCUGGCUUCAGACGAGGGAGGGGAACUUUGGAACAGAUAUUCACAUGA